AUGUCUGACAUUGAAGUCGAUAAUAUCAAUGUGUUUGGUCCGGGACUGGUUGAGGGAAAGACAGGCAAACGAUGUCUAAUUUAUUUCUCAGGUUUGCCCAUCAAUUCAGACGAUUCAUCUGCUGAUUUAUAUAAAGACAUAACCCAUACGAUUGAAGGCCCGAAAAAUCCCGAAAUAAUCUUUGAUUUCGAUCGACUCAAUGAAGACAACAACGUUGAGGCAUAUUAUGUGCCACUAUUGCCGGGUGACUACAAGAUUAACAUUUAUUUUAAAAAACAAUUACUUAAUGGCUGUCCAUUUACCGCACAAAUUAUCGGUAAACCAGUUUCAGCUGAGAAACUCAUUAGAAAGGUGCAGGUUUUCGGUAAAGCUUCAUCACUGGGUCGGGCACUGAUAGUCAACGAGUUUCUAGUCGACUGUUCCAAAGUAAAGCCAGUUUUGGGUGGUCUUACUGUUCACGUUAAAGGACCGGUCAGGUCGUCAGCACACUUGGACAUCAUCGACAACAGGAACGGUACCUAUCAGAUACUAUAUAAGCCAAUACUACCGGGUACUUACAAUAUGGACAUUAAGAUUGCCGACACACAUAUACCCGGAUCGCCGUUCAAGAUCAGGGUUUUGGACAGAAGUAACUCAAUCUUUUAGAUUACAGGCAUCAGUAUGUUUAAGAAGCACAUGUAGUUUUUUGUGUGGAAAUUAUUUCAUA